AUGACAUCCCGAAAACGCUCAUCGGGGGAUGACCCCGUCGAGGACAACUCUCACAAAAAAGCCAAAGUCAGCCUUCGUGAUACGAGCAAGGUGGACUCCAAUGGAGAUCGAUACUGGGAGAUCUCGAAGAUGCGCCGUGUCACCGUCUCUUCGUUCCGAGGAAAGACACUGGUGAACGUUCGAGAAUACUACGAGAAGGACGGUCAAGAACUUCCAGGGAAGAAGGGCAUUUCCAUGCCAGUGGACCAAUUCGCGGCGCUCGUGACGUUACUUCCGGAGAUUGAGCAGUCUCUCACACAGCAGGGCCAGUGUCUGCCACGCCCGAAUUACUCUGGUGACAACGACCGGGGCGAUUCGGAGGAUAUGGAAAAAGGUGGUUUGAAGCCUGACAAGCAGAACAUUGAGGCCACGAGUGAUGAGGAGAGUGAGGCCUGA